ACUUUAUGAUUUAUGUAUAUUUUAGCAUUAUGUGACACAAAAGAAAGAAAGUUCUUCGCUUUCUGGACAUUACAAAAAUGCAUGAUGCAUUUGACUGUGUGGCAAUAUUGGAAAAAUUGCCAUUAGAGAUUGAAUGUAUAGCAACAUCUGGCAAUAAACUGCUAGUAGGGACAAACAAAGGCCAUCUCCUGGUAUAUGGUAUUCAGGAAGAUUUAUCAAGUGGAAGAUCUGAUCAACGAUUUGAAGUAGAACUUCAAAGAUCAAACAAAGCAUUUGGCCGAAAGCCAAUUUCACAACUUGUAGUUGAGGAGCAGUAUGGUGUCUUAAUUAGUUUAUGUGAUGGUAUGAUCAGUGUUCAUGAUUUCGACACAUAUUCUUGUAAAACCCAGUUUCCUAAAGGCAAAGGUGUCAACUACUUUGCAAUUAAUACUUCUACAUAUUCUGGUAAGGAUUCCAUGAGGUUGUGCACAAUUUCAAAAAGGAAAAUUCAGACCUAUGUAUGGAUUAAGAAUGAAUUUCAGGAAUUACAUGGUGAGUUAGGAUUGCCGGAAACACCGCGAACUGUCAUAUGGGUCGGAACAUAUCUUUGUGUUGGUACGAAGAAGGAAUACAUGUUGAUCAAAGCAGAUAGUGGUCACGUGAUUAAUUUAUUCGACACUGGUAAAAAGCAGGAACCAUUGAUUGUUCCAAUGCCAUCUGGUGAAAUUGCACUGUGCCGCGACGAGGUUACAGUUUUUCUGAGUAUAGAUACUCAUGGUCAGCAUCAUCAAAAACAUGCAGUCACUUGGUCUGAUGUGCCUUUAGACUUGCAAUUCUCUCAACCAUAUAUUAUUGCAGCUUUGUCUAGAAAUAUUGAGAUUUGUUCUCGAGAUCCACGCUUGCUUGUCCAAAGAAUUGAUAUCACUGGUACAAGAAAUAUUGUAUGUGGUCCUCAUUGUUAUGCUGCUUCCAUCACACAUGUUUGGAGGCUUGUCCCUGUUCUGAUUUCAACACAAGUAGAACAGCUUAUUAAGGACAAAGAAUUCAAACUGGCACUUACUCUGACCAGCAGUAUUGAUAACGAAGGUGUAAAAAAGAAAAAAAUGCAACAGAUUAAGACACUGUAUGCAUUUGAGUUGUUCUACAUGAAACGUUUUGAAGAGGCUUUGAAAAUGUUCAAAGAGGUCGAUGCAGAACCUACUUAUGUCAUUGGGUUGUAUCCUGAUUUACUUCCUGAGGAAUAUCGAAAACAACUUGACUACCCAUCGGCACCUCCUAAGCUGUCUCAGGGUGAUCUGGAAAAAGGUUUUGUAUCACUCACGGAAUAUUUGACCAGGAUACGAAAUAAAAGUUUGUCUAACCAGGCAAGUGCAGAAAUACCAGGAACAACCGAGUCACGUAAAAUGUUGUUACAAAUAAUUGACACUUCAUUACUAAAGUGCUACCUAAAAACAAAUGAAAAUAUGAUUGCGCCACUGUUACGAUUAAAGGAUAACAAUUGUCAUGUAGAAGAAUGCGAGAGGGUACUUGUCAAAGAAAAAAAAGUCAAUGAACUAGUUUUACUUUACCAAAGUAAAGGCAUUCACAAGAAAGCGUUAGAUCUGCUAUUGCGUCAGGCCGAUUUACCAUCAAGUCCACUGAAGGGUCCUAAAAAAACUAUAGAGUAUUUACAAAAAUUAGGAGCAGAAUAUAUUGGAUUGAUAUUCGAUUAUUCCAAAUGGGUUUUGAAAAAAACACCAGAAGAAGGUUUAAAAAUAUUCACGAACGACAUUCCUGAGGUUGAAGGACUGCCAAGACAGAAAGUUCUUGUACAUUUAGAAAACAAUGCAGCUCAGUUAGUGAUAAAAUAUCUGGAACAUAUUAUAUUUGAUUGGAAAGAGAACAGGGUAGAAUUUCAUAAUAAAUUGAUUACUUGCUAUAAAGAGAAGAUAAUGCCUUUAUUGAAAGACUAUCUGGUGUCAUUAUUUGACAGUGAUAUCAGAAAGAAAGCUGGAAAGGAAUCUGGCGAGCUAGGGGACCUUCGAUCUAGACUGCUAUUCUUUUUAGAGACAUCAACAAGUUACCAACCAAUGAAAUUACUCCGUUUUUUUCCUCAAGAUGUAUUAUUUGAAGAGAGGGCUUUGCUUUUGGGACGAGCUGGACGGCAUGAAGAAGCUUUAGCAAUCUAUAUCUAUGUGUUGAAGGAUGCAAAGAUGGCUGAACAGUAUUGUAGACGUCAGCAUGAGAUGAAUUUGGAUGAAAAUAGGAACGUUUACCUCAGCUUGGUAAAAAUGUAUUUAAAGCCUAAUCAUUUGCCAUCAUUGGGAUUAUCACAAUCUGUAUUUUCUAAAUGUUCAAUGAAAGCAAAUGUUGGUGCCGCUCUUACUGUGUUGAAUACUCAUUAUCAAAAAAUUGAUGUUUCUCAGGCAUUAGAUUUGUUGCCGGCUGCAACAGAAGUAAAUGAUAUUACAGUUUUCUUGUUGAAUGUUCUAAAGGACAAAAUGCAAGAAAGAAGAAACUGUCUUUUGUUGAAGAGCCUUUUGUAUGCGGAGCAUUUACAAAUGCAUGAGCAAAGGGUGUUUUAUCAAAGUAAGAAAUGUACUAUCACUGAAGAGAGAGCGUGUUGUGUAUGUCACAAAAGAAUUGGUACAAGCGCAUUUGCUAUGUAUCCAAAUGAUGUUAUUGUUCAUUACUACUGUUGUAAAGACCGACGUGUUUGCCCUCCUGAGAGUUUUUAUUUUUAGUUUUUCGACUUUAUAUUUUUUGCUUAAUAAUGUCAAGUUAUCUUGAGAACACAUAAAAAUCAGAAACAACAUCAACCCUGAAUUAAAAUAAGUACUUCUUAUAAGAAGCAUGCUCUUUGGACUCAACCCAAGCAAUGUAAUCUAACUGAGAAAAUGUAGAGCCUGACCUGUGUUUGAUACUACGUGUUUACUUUUUUAAAUUUUUCAAUGAAUCUUUAUCAAAUUAGCAUUUGACUUGAGCCUCGCGUUCCUUGAAAUAUGUUUUAUAACAACGUUUUUUUUAUUAUUUUCUCAAGGAUAUCUUUCUACCAAUAGAAAAAUAAUCAGAUAUUCCUAUAUUGUUAAUCGCUGUAUGUUUUCUUUCUUUAAUUUACUAAAUCCACUGACCCAUCCCCACACCUCUCCCGCCCACACCCUAUUAGUUUACUUCAACAAUUUUCUUGUAAUGUUUUUUACGAUAGUUGAAUAUACGUUGUUUUUACAAGGUAUUUCAUUGUUUUGUUCAUUUAAUAAGUACACGUCGCUGUAAUUGCUUAGGUGAGAUAUUUUUAUUUUCCAUGUUGCUUGUGUUUGCCAUUCGGCUAAUUUUUGUCUUAUAAAAAUUUGAUUGCACAGAUAGUUUAAAUUAUUUCUGGUAUGAAGUAAACAGAUAAAAGAUUGUCUUUUGUGAUAAUAAUUCUUCAGUGUAAUGUCUAUUUUGUAGUACCAUACAAUAAGUAAGUUAUUUUAAGCUGUAACCAUGUUGCCACAAAAGAAUUGUUUAUUAAUAGAUUACGUGCUUGUUAUAGGCACUGACUAUAUUUUUAUUUUUAUUUUGUUGUUGCUGUUUUUUGUAGCGUUUGUUUCAUUCUUGUUAAAUAUACUUUAUUAUAAAAAUAUGUUUUAUGAGGA